AUGGCCCUAGUUUGCGGGGCUGGAAAUGCCGAAGCCGAGCUCACUCCAUGUCUGGAGAAUAAACAUCCCGUGAACAACGCUGAUCUCCACAAUCUGGUAGAAAAAGUGGUAGCGUUGAGGGGGUAUCCACGGCUCAUCAUCCAGAAACUUCAGGCUCGCAUCGGCCCGUCUGCCUUAUCUACCAAGAGAUGGAUGCACAUUUUGCCCAGGGAACUGGGGUGUGCUUGCUUGCGGGGUAAACCUGGGGUAAACUUUCCCCCAACCGAGAUACGCACUGAUGAACAUUGCCGCCUUGGCCCCCGGUUGAGCAUUCUACCUCCGGACAAAGUCAUCAGCCUUUUAAGGCCCUGGGGGAUAUUUGAUAGCGCAGGCGCCCAGUUCAAACUCUGCCGGCCGCACAUUCGAAAUCCGACUGAGCUAGGAAGUUGUCCGAAGGUUUACGGUGAAAAUCAAGGGUUAUGCAUGGUUAUAUGCCCCAGUCAUGCACUGUCCUCUGCAGCUGGGAUAUGA